UUGCUGGAGACGAGUUGUGUUAUACUACCAACCGUUAUACUGCUAUUCACAGCCUGGCACCAAGGAACCCAAGACCCCCAUUUCGAACCGCUCUGAACGCAUUGUACCUCUGUUCUUUUUGUAGGCUUGUUCAUUUUUCUUUCUGGGCCUAGUAAUCGUAAAGCCAGACAUUGACUAUUCGGGUUAAUUGGCGAAAGUCUUGCUUGCAUUUCAAUUCACUUUUCGUGGUUGAUGCAAGUUUUUGCUAGGAGGCGUUGGUAAAAGAUUUUUUUACCUUCGGGUUGGCAGGAGAGGUCGUCAGGAUAGUGGGAGCGCCUGAGGGUGAUCUUAGCUAUCGAUUUAAAACUAGAGAAAUUUGGUAUCGAUUGCAAAAAUAGGGAAAGAGCGCGCCCCUCCAGGUUGUUUGUUCCUCCGGCCAACUGUCUGAGUGGUAGAAUUGUUGUAUCGGUUGUACCAAGAGGAUCGCUGGACGUAGCGCUCCUGCGUGUAGAGUCGUUCUAAUCCUUUAGCUGGAGGUCUUGCACUAGUGAUUGACGUCACUACCUUCACUAGUGAUUGACAACAGGAAUUGCCUCUUUACGUCUUGGCUUAGAUUUUGUUUUCAACAUGGUGGACGAUGGAAGAAAAGUGGAUCACGCGGAUCAAGUGAUUACCGAGACGACAACAACAGUCAACCCGAGUUUAAAGUUGAAGAUAAAUUUACGCGAUCGUCAAACCAUUUAUGGCAAACGCCAUCGCAGUUCUUCACCGGCCAACAGCAGCGAUUCAUCGUCUACUUAUGGAUCAACUCGAUCAUCAAGCCGCCAUCAUACAGUCAGUGCCGGUGGCAUUCAGGCUUCCUCGCUCAAGCGAAACCGCAAAGAACUGAACCAGCGGCGUCGUGCGGAUGAGGUUGACGAACCCUCACCUCAGACAGAGACUCCGCCCUCUUCCUCUAAUGUAGGAUCUCCAACGAAGAGAAAUGCAACGGAAACGGAUAGUCGUCAUAUGGAAAUGAGAAAAGUACGAAUAGGUUCCGGGGGAGGAUUAUCGGAAGCAUCAGUGACUACCAAGGAAAGAAAGACAAAAUCACUCGGGUCACCUGAUGGAGCCUUACUGAGUAGCAAUAUCCUGUUGGUUGACAUGAAUGGCGAUGAAACGCCAAGCCCGAUAAUCGAGAGCCAAAUUGUCGACCAUUCUAGUUCUCCUCCCGCAUCCCCGGUGGAAAAAGAAGCUAAAUGCGAAAUUGAAAUGAAAAGUCCCGAACUCGAAGCUAAAGUUGGUGAUGCUACUAGCAAACUGGUUAAACGACUGACUCGAGAAGAAUUGGAACGUUUGGUGAUGGAGCAGAUGUGCUUGGCCAUCCGUGAACGUGGUAUUACAGGUGAAUUGGAGCGCAAACUGGAUGUCGCUGAUGCCCAGAUCGAACGAUAUCGUCGUCGCUCCGAAGCUCUUCAUAAGCAGGUAUCUGAUUUAGAGCUUGUAGUUCGAAGAUUCGUGCAGCAGUCUAAGAAUCGCAACCAGACAAUCACUCCUCCCAUGAAAAUGACGCGUUCCGUUGGGUUACAAAUCAAUCUAACUACUCAUCCUAGUAUUACACAACAAAUGGUGGUCCUUAAAAAGCCAGCUGAAGCUAAACCAGCCGUUUCAAUUGUUCCUGCUGUUACCAUCAGGCCUGCUAGUAAUCCUACGCAAUCAGUAGCCACGUCUGUUGCAUCGUCAACGACAUCACCAAAUUCUUCCGCCAACAACUUGGCUCGAGUACCUAUACCACCCAGCUUCACGAUGCAAUCACCUGAUAUUGCUUCUUAUGUGCCACAACAGGCCGUGCCCCGCUACAGAACGAUUCCUCAGAGACGGAUAGAUGAAGCUCCAAAUUCAGCCAAAAUUGCAACCUAUGUCAACAUUGGCGGUAUCAAAUCGAUUCCUGGAGGUGCCAGUGUUGCAAACAAGUUACUAAAGAACUCGGUUAACAUCACGCCUGUGAUACCACUAUCGGUGAAACAGCAAUCUAAUCAAAGCCAACCCAAUCCUGGCACUGUGGCUGCCAUGCUCGCUCGGGCUCGAUCGGCAACUACGGGAGAUCUGAGUUCUACUUCUGCCCAACAGUCCAUGCCAGCAUCUGUUCCGAUGGCUCGCUGGUCCAAAGUGCCAGCCUCUCGUGCAACAACAGUUAACAAAGUGACGCUCCCUGGUAGACUGCCAAACGUUAUUGACCUCACUGACGAAGAUUUGGAAAAAGAAAGGGCAGCUGCGGCUGCUGGCCGACUUGUGCUUCCUAGACCAAUGCUCAAAUCCUCGUCGACUAAUGGUUUAAGCACAGCUCCUAAUGCAACGUCCAAUGGACUGCCCCGUGGAGUCGCAUUAAAGUCUACUACGUUGAACGGUCGCUCCCCGUUGUCAGCGAAUAAAGCCCCCAAUUCGCCGUCUCCCAAUACAAAUACCAAACCCGCGUUGACACAUCCUGCUCCUCUUCCGCCUGCGCCAGUUGGGCCUGUUAACCCAUCGUGGAAGACUGUCGCUCCCCGGCCAACCCUAGACAUUAAACGCGUUGCUAAUGGCAUAGUUCUGUCAUGGAAUAUGCAUGGUAAUUUGUCUAACCAUGCAGACAUUGCCUCGUAUCAAUUGUUCGCUUAUCAAGAAGGUACGGAUCCGCCAACAGUUAACGGUAGCGUUUGGAAAAGAGUGGGUGACGUCAAGGCCCUGCCUUUACCAAUGGCCUGUACUCUAACGCAGUUCCUCGAGGGUCAUCGUUACCAUUUUGCAGUACGGGCCAUGGACGUUCACGGUCGUGCAGGGCCGUACAGCGAACCAGGAACCAUUAUUUUGUCUUGAAUGAAAUUGACUUGCAUCAAGACAAAAAACUAUACGCGUUUAUCUCAAUUUGUGGAGGAUUUCCUAAGGCUGUUGACUUUUGUCUUUGUAAAUCCGACAAAUUACUACCUAACCUGCCCCUUUCAAUUGUUGGUUUCUUAUUCAUGUGUUUCAAUCGUAUAUUUGUUUAAAAUAAAUGAAUUGACCAAUUCA